ACUGAAGAAUAAAGAAAGAAGAAAACAGAAUAGCAACAUGUCGACCACUGUUAUUGUUGCUCACAAUCCUCCUCGCAGGAGACACAGCAAAGACGAACCUCCUAUGAUGAGGAUUGUCCUGCUGGGGAAGAGUGUGUCAGAAAACAGUCGAGUGGGAAACUUCGUAUUAGGGCGAGCAGCGUUUGACAGUGAAGCUCCUCCAGAUGUUGUAGAGAGAGUCGGAGGAAGACUGAAGGACAGACACGUGACCAUCAUCAACAGUCCUCAGCUGCUCGAAACACACCUGUCACUUCGUCAGAUCACGAAGACCGUGAGAGAGUGUGUGUCUCUGUCUGAUCCAGGACCUCAUGUGAUCGUUCUGCUCCUCAAACAUGGGCAGUGUUCAGCAGAAGAUCAAGAGUGUGUGGAGAAGGUGCUGGACUCUUUCUCUGAGCAGGUUAGUCAACACACCAUGGUGAUCACCACACAAGAGCCGACUGAAACCAAUGAUAUCCUACAGAAAAUCAUUCAGAAAUGCUGCAACAGACACUUCAGUCUUCAGAGAAGCAGCUCUCCUGAUGAUCUUCUGCAGACGUUUGAGGACAUUGUGCAAAUGAAUUAUGGACGGCACCUGGAUUGUGCUGAAGCUUCACAGUGUUUCACAAUGAAGCAACAGGACACAGAAAGACUUUCAGAGGGCGUGAAGCUGAAUCUGGUUGUGUGUGGGAGCGACGGCACAUUAAAAUCCUCCAUAUCAGAGCUGAUCCUGCAGCAGACAGACAGAAGAUCAGACGUGGAUCUUCAUGGUCGUGUGAUCAAUUUGGUGGAGCUUCCAGCUCUGUUUAACCCUCGACUCUCAGAGCAGGAAGUGAUGCGUCAGACUCUCCGCUGUGUGUCUCUCUGUGAUCCUGGAGUUCAUGUUUUCCUCCUCAUCAUUCCUGACCCUCCACUGACUGAUGAAGACAAAGCAGAAAUGGAGGAGAUCCAUAGGAUCUUCGGCUCCAGAAUCAACAAACACAUCAUGAUCCUCAUAAUGCAGAAUUCAGAGCAUCAGACAGCAGAACUCAAUGAAGAAACACAGUCUGUCAUUGAGAGUUUUGGAGGACGACAUCAUUUCUUUGGUCCCACCACACAAGUGUCCACAUUGAUGGAGAACAUUGAGAAGAUGCUGGAAGAAAACAGAGGAGAGUUUUUCUCCAUAGAGACAUUUCUGGAGGCACAGAUGAAAAAACUGAUGAAAUAUGAAGAGAUGAAAAAGAAAAGUCAUUCAUUAGAGACACAUUUAUUCUCACAAGAGAGUCGAGAUGAUCUGAGGAUUGUGCUGCUGGGAAAAACUGGAGUUGGGAAAAGCGCAACAGGAAACACCAUCUUAGGAAGAAACGCUUUUAAAGCGGAACAAUCUUUUGAAUCAGUGACCAGUGAGAGUCAGAGAGAAACAUCUGACAUCAACGGCCGACGCGUGACUGUGAUCGACACUCCAGGACUGUUUGAUACUGAACUCACUAAUGAAGAGAUCCAGAGAGAAAUCAAGCACUGCAUCUCCAUGAUCCUGCCUGGACCGCAUGUGUUUCUCUUACUGGUUCCACUGGGACGAUUCACUCGAGAAGAACAAAAAUCAGUGAAAAUCAUCCAAGAGACGUUUGGUGAGAAGUCUUUAAUGUUCACCAUAGUGCUCUUUACCAGAGGAGACGAUCUGAAGGACAAAAUUAUUGAUCAGUGUUUGGGAAAACCUGGAUCUGUGAUCAGAAACCUGAUUGAAGCGUGUGGAAACAGAUAUCAUGUGUUCAAUAAUAAUCAGACUGGAGACCGAACACAGGUGUCUGAUCUACUGGAGAAGAUAGACGACAUGGUGAACGCAAACGGAGGGAGUUUCUACUCGUGUAAGAUGUUCAGACAGAUGGAGAGAGAACAACAAGAACAACAGAUGAAGAUCCUGAUGGACAGAGUGGAGCAACUGAACAGAGAAAGAGAAGAACUGAUGAAGAAACAAGAGGAAGAGAAAGAGAGAAUGAAGAUCACGAUGGAGGAAGAACAAAAGAAUCAUGAGAAAGAGAGAAAGAGAAGAGAAGAGGAACUCAAAAGAGAAAUAAGAGAACAAGAAAAACUUCAGAGAGAGAUACGAGACGAGAUGAUACGAGAACGAGAGACAUUUAAACAUGAAAUAGAGGAAAUGAGACAAGAAAAAGAGAAACUUCAGAUCAAAUACAACACAGAAAUAGACAGAAUAGAGAAUCAGACAAAGAAAAGACUAGAUGAAUAUACAGAAAGAGAAGAACAAUAUAAAUCACAAAUAAAAAAGAAAGAGAGAGAGAUCAGUGAGGAGAUGAAGAGAGAGCGAGAGGAAUGGGCGAAACAGAAACUAGAGGAAAAGACAAGAAGAGAAGAAGAGGAUGAGAAAAGAAGAGAGAAAGAACUGAGAGUUUGGGAUGAAUUUAAUGAGAGACUGAAACAAGAGAGAGAGAGAAUGGAAAGAGAGAAAGAAGAUAUUCAAUCUAAACAUGAAGCAGAAGAAAACAAGAUGAAGAUUCGGAUGGAGAAAAUGACUAGCGAAAGAGAAGAACUGAUGAAGAAACAUGAAGAAGAAAAAGAGAGAAUGAAGAUGAAGAUCGAGGAAGAACGACAGAAUCAUGACAAAGAGAGAAAGAGAAGAGAAGAGGAGGAUAAAAAGAGGUGGGAGAGAGAAAAACUGAUUUCUGAUGAACAGUAUCAGAGACUAAAGAGUGAAAUGGAGGGAAUAAUCAGAGAGAAAGAGAGAAUAAAGAUUAUGAUGGAGGAAGAAAUACAGAGUUACGAGAAAGAGAGAAAGAGAAGAGAAGAAGAACUCAGAGAGAGAGAAGAACAAUUUAAAAGAGAAAUUGAAAAAACUGAGGUGCAGAUGAGAGACAUGAUGAGUAGAGAAAGAGAGGAAAGGGAGAAACAGAAACUGGAGGAAACAACAAGAAAAGAAGAGGAAGAGAAAGAAAAACAGAUUUCUGGUGAAGAGAUUCAGAGACUCAAGAGUGAAAUGGAGGGAAUAGUCAGAGAGAAAGAGAGAAUAGAAAGAGAAAGACAAGAACAGCUAGAGGAUUUAGAGAAGAGACUGAAAGAAGAAAGAAACAAGAGAGAAGAUCAACAAAAGACUUUUGAAGAGAAACAGAAACUCCUUGAAGAACAGCAUGAAGAUGAACUGAAGAGAAGACGAGAGGAGUGGAGAGAGGAAUAUGAGAGAGAGAAAGAGGAGGAGAUGAAGAUCUGCACUGAAACUGAUGAUUCACUACAGGGAGAAAACAAUGGAGGAGUCACAGCACAUCUAUUUCGCAGACUUCAUCUUCACGGGCGCCACAAUGAACUGAGAGCUGAAGACGUUCUUCAGAUAACUGAACAUUCAUUACAGUCCCAUGAGUCUUGUGCUGAAGAGGAGCUGGUUCAGACUUUCAUACAAAAACUACUGAUGAUGGACUACAGAGCAAGAUACAUUCAUGUUAAUAAGGCCAAUGAACAUGAUAAAAUACAACAAAGAGACACUGACACAUCUGCAGACAUUGGUGAUAUAUUCCAAGCUGUGUCAAUGUAUGGAACAAGUCAAUCUGAUCGCAUUCACCCGAUGGAUGUUCAGAUGGCUGUGUUUCAUUGUGCUGAUGGUUUCCUGAAGCAGCUGAUGGUCACUAAACUGUCCCAGUGUCAGUACGCUCUGCCUCUGCUUGUUCCUGAUCCAUUCACACAACAGAUUGAGUUUCCUCUCUGGACAUUCAGACAAAUCAACAAGAGCUGGAAGAUGAGAAACAUCAACAAUGAAACCAUCAUUCAAACCCAGCCGGUCUACAAGGCAGAAACUCCAAUGGUGUCUUUCUUCAGGUUUGGCUCUGUGUCUUCAUCUAAGUCUCAGCUGAUGAACAGUCUGAUCAAUGAGCAACACAACACGUUCUUCCACAGGAACUGCCCAGGCAGCAGCAGAACCAGAGUCCUGAUGGAUGGAGUGGUGGAGAUCGCCUGGUUCUGCCCCUCUGGGAAAAACACGGAUACAUUUGCUGACUGUGUUGCGUUCUGUAAUCUACACGGUGAUGCAGGAGAUCAUGAGAAACAGCUGCAGAUCCUCACUGAAAUGGCCUCAGUCAAUGUUGUUCUUCUACCACAACUGGACAAGAAUGACAAAAACAUGAUAAAACUUCAACAACUUUACAAGGACUCAAAGCCACUCAUUUGUCUUUUAACAGAGGAUGAAUCUGCUUUAACUAAGAUGAAGAAAGGGAAAUUCAAGAUUGGCCUGAAAGACAGAAAUCAGUCAGAUGUAUCUGAAGAGCUCAGAAGAGCCAUAAAUGAUUGUCUCUCAGAAUCAUCUUCCACUUUCGGACUUGAAGAUUUGUCCAAACACUCAGACAUCAGAGUAGAUGAGGAAGAUGACGAUGACUGCAGGAGAGGAAGAGAAGCAGCACAGCAGAUGAUGAGUUUACUGGAGGAUAAAGAUCUGACAGAAAUCAAAGAAUCCUUUCUGCCUCAUCAGGGGAAACUGUGGCAUCAGUGGAGUCAGAAGAACAAAGAACUACAUCGACCUCAAGGAGAUAAUAUAGAAAUGAAAACAAGUGGAAAAAAAACAGAAAUGAAGAAAAUCCGUGAACAACAGCAUGAAUGUGAUAUCAGUGAGUUUAUGAUGCACUUUAAUAGAAAUAUGAACUCCCAUACUCAACGUGAAACGAUGUUUUUUCUUAAAUGGCUCAAAAUCCUCUUAGAUGAACACACAUCUGCUGACCUUUCUGCUCUACAUCACAAUUAUGAUGAAAAGUGGUCAGCAGUUUUAAAACUGAAAGAGAACAAUGUAAAACCUGAGCAAUUCAAAGCAGAACAAACUGACCUUGAGAGAAUAUCUGAGGAUCUUCAAGCUGCAUCCUUUGGUUUGGAGCACAUCAUGAGGGAGAUCGGCCAGAUCUAUGAAUCAUGUUCAUCUGUAAAGAAGAACAAGAAAGACCUGCAGUUUCACUUCUCUUCUCUCCCGAGUCUCGCAGCAGAGAUGAUGAUCUCUGGAUUUCCACUGGAGCUGAUGGAUGGAGAUGCUGCUCAUGUUCCUGUAAUCUGGAUCUCUGCUGUUAUAGAUGAACUCAGAGAGAAACUGGGAGACCAGAGAGUCUUUGUGCUGUCAGUUUUAGGGCUUCAGAGCUCUGGGAAAUCCACCAUGCUGAAUGCCAUGUUUGGACUCGAGUUUGCAGUCAGUGCUGGCAGGUGCACCAGAGGAGCUUUCAUGCAGCUGGUCAGAGUCUCAGACAAGAUGAAGAUACAGACGAACAGAGUCUCAGACGAGAUGAAGACACAGAUGAACUUUGACUAUAUUCUGGUUGUUGAUACUGAGGGUCUUCGAGCUCUAGAACUGGCUGGACAAUCAAUACAGCAUCAUGACAAUGAACUGGCCACAUUUGUUGUUGGUCUUGGUAAUCUAACCUUGAUCAACAUAUUUGGAGAAAACCUAUCUGAGAUGCAGGACAUUCUUCAGUCUGUUGUUCAGGCCUUCAUGAGGAUGAAGAAGGUCAAACUGAAUCCCAGCUGUGUGUUUGUGCAUCAGAACGUCUCAGACAUCGCAGCUGGAGAGAAAAACAUGGAGGGAAGGAGACGACUGCAGGAUAAACUGGAUGAGAUGACCAAACUCGCUGCUAAAGAGGAAGUCUGUGACGCAGAAUGUUUCAGUGAUGUCAUUAGAUUUGAUGUUCAGAAAGAUGUGAAGUAUUUUGCUCAGCUCUGGGAAGGAAGCCCACCCAUGGCACCACCAAACCCAAACUACUGCGAGAACAUUCAAGAGCUAAAGAAAACCAUUACUUUCCAUGCCUCAAAUUCACAUGGCAUGAUGCUAAUAGACUUAAAAGACUGUAUUAAAGAUCUCUGGGAGGCUUUACUGAAUGAACGAUUUGUCUUCAGGUUCAGAAAUUCUCUGGAGAUUUCAGCCUACAGGAAACUGGAGACCAAAUACAGCAAGUGGACCUGGAGUCUUCGCAGUGCCAUGAUGGAAACUGAGAACAAACUACACAACCAAAUAGAAAUUAAAGCAAUUCAUGAGGUUGAGGAAACUGAUCUUCAGAGAGAACUGAAGAAGACAAGAGAAGAAGUGGAAAAAUCAAUGUCUGGAUUCUUUGAGAAAGACAAAGAUAAAGAUAUACUGAUUCAGUGGAAAACAUCAUUUGAAAUCAAAAUCAAUGAGCUUCAGGAAAACAUUGUGAGAGAAACCAAGAGGGAAUUAAAUGAGGUUCUUCAGCAGCGAGACCUGAAAAGAAAGAUUGAUGCUCAGAGGACACAUCAAGAAAACACUCUCUAUGAAAAGAGCAAAGAACUUGCCUUAAAACUGAAAGAUAAAGCAAAUGAUGAAGAAACACUGAAUAAAGAGUUUGAAUUCUUUUGGAAACAGUGUGUGAAUGGGAUCAAGUCAGAUACUCCUGAAAUCAAAGGCAUUGAUAUAAUGAGAGAUGUGAGAGAGAUCCUCAGUGACACCUAUAAAAGUGUUUCUGAGGACCAAAGGAUGGAGAGCAGAGAUAUUUUCUAUGUGCCCAGUUUUUCAGAUUAUGUAAAGGUAAAAAGAUCAAGUGGAUUGUUAACAUAUACCUUCAGAUCAGCUGAAAAAUGUGUUCGCGGUUCUCUAACUAAAGAAGAUGAAGUUCAAAUAAGAGCAUUAGUCACAGACAUUGCUCAGCAGACAGACAGAAUUAUUCAAUCAUUUAACAUUUCAAAGAUGGGCUACAACAAGAGCUGCAUUCAACACCUCACAGGUUACAUCAAGGCAAGAGUAGUACAACAUGAGGAAGGACCAGUGAAUUAUGUGUUCAAGAGGCAAUUCUUCAGGGAUUUGGUUCUUUCCAUCUUUAAGAGAGCAAACAAGAUGAUCACUGACCAACACAGACUAUUUAGAGAAACCAAUGAUCCUGUAAUGUAUUUUAAGAAGAAGACAGAAGAGUACUAUAGUAUUUUCCAGAAAUACUGUCAUGGAUCACCAUCAGCUGCUAUUUUUGGUGAGAUCAUCUGUCAGAAACUUAAAGAGCCCAUUGAGCAGAGUGUCUACAAGAAGACUGCCAGAGAUCUGGCUAAUGAAAUAACAUCAAACUGUGAAUCACUGAAUGGAAACAGAUCAAAUCUGGAGAAACACAUCCUGAAGACACUGGCAGAAGAGGAGGAUUUUGAAAAAUACAUGAACUACAUAAAACAUCCCAGGGAUCACUUCAAGAGUUUCAUCAGAGAUGAAGUCAUUCAGUACAUCACUGAUAAGUUCAGUGUCAGUGUUUUACCCAAGAUGGAGGAGAACAUUAAACUCCUGCAGCAGAAGAUCAUGGGAGCUGCACAUGAAUCUACUGAACAUGUUCAAGUGAACAGAGAUGUUGGUUUGUGGUUGAAGAGUUUCACACAGGAGCUCUCAGAUGAGCUGAUCUUCUCUGAAGAAGACCUCAGUGGAGUGAAACAUGACGAUGUUGAUGUGAAACUCCUAGAUGAUGUGAUAAAGAAAGAACUUCCUAAUAUAAUAUUGGACAUCAGCAGGGGAUUCACAGACACUUUUCCAGUAAAGCUGGACGAUAAGUUCAGGCCAGAUGAGCUUCUGACUGAUCACUUCUGUCAGUGCUGUUGGGUUCAGUGUCCGUUCUGUGGAGCCGUCUGCACCAACACCAUAGAAAACCAUGAUGGAGAUCACAGUGUUGCUUUCCAUCGAGUGGAUGGAAUUAAUGGAUGGCAUUAUCAUCAAACAGAGAAUCUCAGUGCGAAUUUUUGCACAACUUCAGUAGCAAGUGAUAAAAGAUUUCAUGUAUCUGAUGUGAGGUUUCCAUAUAAAGAAUACAGAAAAGCAGGAGGAGAUUAUGCGAAGUGGAGCAUCACCCCUGAUGACUCUGCACUGUCCUACUGGAAAUGGUUUGUGUGCAGAUUCCAGAAAGACCUGGAAGAUUGUUAUAAUAAAACAUUCCAGGGUGAUGGUGAGAUUCCACCUGAAUGGAGAGAUCACACACAAGAAGAUGCUAUUCAGAGCUUGGAUAAUUUAUACAUUGUAUAAGAAAUCUCAAUAGCAACCUCUGUGUUGUUGUCCUAUUAUUUUCUUUGUUUUUGAUUAUGAUUUUAAUUUUUAAUCACUUAUAAUCAUUAGUCAGUUAUGUAGUUGUCAUUUGAUUGAUAAUUUAAUCAUUUAUUAUUUGCAUUAUUAUUUGAUUUAGAUAAUUGUAUCAUUUAUUCAUAUUAUUCAUUUUUGAUUUACAUAAUUGAAUAAUUGUAUUAUUAAUUUCUAUAAUUUUAUGGGUUUUUUUGUAUUUAGUAGGCCUAUUACAUAUUUUCUUGCUCUUGCAAUGAUUGCUAUUGCUGUUUUAUCUUAUGAUUGUGUGCUUUCAAGGGAUGUUUGUCUUCAUGAAUAAGAGAUAAGAGAAUGUAUCAAGUCAAGGUUUUUAACAUCACAGGACGAUGUUGUGAUGCAGUAAUUUUCCAUUGCUGUUGCUUGGCUAUAAUAACUCUGGUUGGAUGUGCACUAGUCAGACAUCUAAACAAUAAAUUUUGAGCACUGAAACAUAGUCAUGAGAUUAUUCAAUAAACCAACUUUUUUCA